GGUGGCUGCCACGUGCGCGUGCGCAGUACUCUACAACGCGCCCUGAGGGGUGGAGCGAGGGCCAGUGCUAAUUGGCCCGGACCUCGGCCCCGCCCGCGAGUGGCGGGCGGUCACGUGACGCGACGGCUGGGGGCUCCCGGCGCGGGGGACGCUGGUGGCCAAGAUGGCGGCGGAGCUGGUGGAGGCCAAAAAUAUGGUGAUGAGUUUCCGAGUCUCCGACCUCCAGAUGCUGCUGGGAUUCGUGGGCCGCAGCAAGAGCGGGCUAAAGCACGAGCUGGUCACCAGGGCCCUGCAGUUGGUGCAAUUUGACUGCAGCCCCGAGCUGUUCAAGAAGAUCAAAGAGCUCUAUGAGACGCGCUACGCCAAGAAGAAUGCAGAACCGGGUCCACAGCCCCACCGGCCCCUGGACCCCUUGACCAUGCACUCAACUUAUGACCGGGCAGGCACAGUGCCCAGGACUCCCCUGUCGGGCCCCAAUAUUGACUACCCUGUACUCUAUGGGAAGUACUUAAAUGGACUUGGACGUUUACCCACCAAGACCCUCAAGCCAGAAGUCCGCCUGGUGAAGCUGCCCUUCUUCAACAUGCUGGAUGAGCUGCUGAAACCCACUGAGUUAGUUCCACAGAAUAACGAAAAACUUCAGGAAAGCCCGUGCAUCUUUGCCCUGACACCAAGACAAGUGGAGCUGAUCCGGAACUCCAGAGAGCUGCAGCCUGGAGUCAAAGCUGUGCAGGUUGUCCUAAGAAUCUGUUACUCAGACACCAGCUGCCCUCAGGAGGACCAGUACCCGCCCAACAUUGCCGUCAAGGUCAACCACAGCUACUGCUCUGUCCCGGGCUAUUACCCCUCCAACAAGCCCGGUGUGGAGCCCAAGCGGCCCUGCCGGCCCAUCAACCUCACCCACCUCAUGUACCUGUCCUCGGCCACUAACCGCAUCACCGUCACUUGGGGCAACUACGGCAAGAGCUACUCAGUGGCGUUGUACCUGGUGCGGCAGUUGACCUCGUCAGAGCUGCUACAAAGGUUGAAGACGAUUGGAGUCAAGCACCCAGAGCUGUGCAAGGCGCUGGUUAAGGAGAAGCUGCGUCUAGACCCUGACAGCGAGAUUGCCACCACUGGCGUGCGGGUCUCCCUCAUCUGCCCGCUAGUGAAGAUGCGGCUGUCAGUGCCCUGCCGGGCAGAGACUUGUGCCCACCUGCAGUGCUUCGAUGCCGUCUUCUACCUGCAGAUGAACGAGAAGAAGCCCACCUGGAUGUGCCCGGUGUGUGACAAACCAGCUCCUUAUGACCAGCUCAUCAUUGAUGGGCUCCUGUCAAAGAUCCUGAGUGAGUGUGAGGACGCUGAUGAGAUCGAGUACCUGGUGGACGGCUCGUGGUGCCCAAUCCGUGCAGAGAAGGAGCAGAGUUGCAGCCCCCAAGGUCCCAUCCUGGUGCUCGGCACCUCAGAUGCAGGCGGGCCCCUGCCUCCCCCCAGUGUGAACAGUGGCAGUGGCAGCGUGCUCGGCAGUGUGGGCAGCGGGGCAGGCGUGGCGGGCAAUGUGGAGAACGGGAAGCCUGGCGCCGACGUGGUGGAUCUCACGCUGGACAGCUCGUCAUCCUCAGAGGACGACGAGGAAGAGGAUGAAGAGGAGGACGAGGACGAGGAGGGUCCCCGGCCCAAGCGCCGCUGCCCCUUCCAGAAGGGCCUGGUGCCAGCCUGCUGACCGCGGCCUUGGACAGACACUGUCACCUGGUGCUUACGCCGGAGGGCGGGCCAGGGCGCAGGGAAGUGGGCCUUCGCUUUUCUUUCAUGGUUCAUUUUGUUUUCUCCACCCCUUCCCUGGCUCCCGGCACCUGUACCUCUGGACUCUCCCCUCGGGGGGACUAAAAAAAAGUAAAAUGACAAAAAAA